UCUAGUAUUAUUCUCGUGCGAAAUGUUUCCGAGGAUGUUAAAAUGCCAUCGCAAUAUAAAUAUGGAUGUAUAUAUUAAAUCGUGUAAAAUAUCAUGAACCGUGAAAAAUAUCACGUGCAAGAUCAAUGGAAUUUAUGAUCCCGAUACGAAAGAUUAAUCGAGGGCCAAUUGACUUUUGAUUGGUGUACUUUGACCCCUGGCUUGUUGAAUGAGUUUUAGAAUUAUUAUUCGUUCGGUAUUUGGUAUUCCAAAUCAGUUGUAAUACAGCAAUCAUGUCCGACAGUGUUAGUCCUAUUAAAUAUUUCUUAAGCGGUGGAUUUGGCGGGAUAUGUACCGUCGUGUCUGGUCAUCCUUUGGACACCAUAAAGGUACGUCUUCAGACAAUGCCAGUACCAGGACCUAACAAAUUGCCUCUCUACUCAGGUACAUGGGAUUGUGCUAAGAAAACAGUUACCAAAGAAGGAAUACGUGGUUUAUACAAGGGUAUGGGUGCACCAUUAUCUGGUGUUGCUCCGAUAUUUGCAAUAAGUUUCUUCGGAUAUAGUGUCGGGAAGAAGCUGCAACAGACUUUACCGGAUGAAAAACUCACGACAUUGCAAUUGUUUUACGCCGGCGCUUUUAGUGGUAUAUUUACGACUGUUAUAAUGACCCCAGGCGAACGUAUCAAAUGUCUGUUGCAAAUACAACACGCAGAUGCGAAACCAAAGUAUAACGGACCGCUAGAUUGUGCGAAGCAACUGUAUCGAGAAGGGGGCAUUAGAAGUAUUUACAAAGGCACUUGUGCUACGCUGUUAAGAGAUAUCCCGGCCAGCGGAACGUAUUUUAUGACGUAUGAAUAUCUAAAAGAAUAUUUUACUCCUGAGGGAGGGAAACUCAGUUUACCAGCCACCAUAAUAGCUGGUGGUUUUGCAGGCAUUGCAAACUGGUUGGUGGGGAUGCCACCUGAUAUCUUGAAAAGCCGCUUACAAACUGCCCCCGAAGGUACGUAUAAAAACGGAAUACGUGCAGUAUUUGUCAAACUGAUGAAAAACGAGGGACCAAUAGCACUUUACAAAGGUAUUGUACCAGUUAUGCUGCGAGCUUUCCCUGCAAACGCAGCUUGUUUCAUGGGCUUUGAAGUAUGCAUGAAAUUUUUGAACUGGCUCGUGCCAAGUUUAUAAUUUGAGCCGCGCAUAACGCGCAUGACGUAACUAAAUGAAGACAUCCUGUCUCUCUUGAUAUCGAUUGCCAAACGCUACGAUUCAUACACUAAGCGGUUGUAAAACGAUUAAUUUUAUCACAGACAAAGUUUACACAAUUUAUUUCUUCCUGCCUCGCAGAAAUCUCAAAAUAAAUCUCAAGAACAGGUUAUAUACAUACAUAGAGUGUGAAAACUGUAGGAAAUAAUAUAAUGUAGUCUUUGCGCAGGAGAAAA